ACGACAGCGAAAUACCACUUCCAUUGAAAACGGCGUUCUUUAUAUACCAACAGGCUUUCGAUUGCGUUAAGGAUAUUAAAUUUAUCAUAAAAUUGCUCGACAUCACAAUGGAAUAUGACAAUGUCGAACAACUGCAGAAGAGAAUAAUCGACGACAUGUUUCGGGAGUAUGCUCACGAGCCCUUGGUGUGGGAUACCAUGGCGCGUCGCGAAUUGCAGGGUCUGGCGCAUCCGGGCUUCAGCGACACGCCGAUGGAGGUGGAGAAUGCCGAGCAGAUCUCUUUGAGGGAUCGCAUCACGAAGUGCAACAAGGUCUACCAGACGGCCGUAAAGAAAAUCAAAAACGAAGAAAUCUGGUCGUU